AUGGCUGUCGCAUCGAUUCAAGAUCGGACUGCCGAGUUCCGGACAGUCCUCAAUCAAGUUCAGAAAAGACAGGCAUCGUCAAAGGUUGGCGCACAAAGGCGGUCACUUCUUACCGAUCAGCAGAAGGCAGAGGCAGACGGCGAUGCUCGCCCCAGAAGAUCUGACUUUGCCAGGAGGGCGGCCGAGAUUGGCAGGGGCAUCUCGGGUACGAUGGGCAAAUUGGAGAAGCUGGCACAGCUCGCCAAGAGGAAAACACUCUUUGACGAUAGGCCAGUCGAAAUCAAUGAGCUCACAUUCAUCAUCAAGCAAGAUCUGUCAACUCUCAACCAGCAAAUCUCCGGCCUGCAGAGCCUCACGCGGCAGCAGCACCCCAAGGCUGACCAAGUAGGGGAGCACAACAAGAACGUGGUCGUUAUGCUGCAGGGAAAGCUUGCGGAUGUGUCUGCCAACUUCAAGGACGUGCUGGAAUUGAGGACAAAGAACAUCCAGGCAUCUAGGGCGCGAACCGACAACUUUAUUUCUACCGUAUCACAGCAUGCGCAACCCGCAAUACAACAGUCAGCAUCGCCCCUGUACGGAACGCCUAGUCGAGGAACACCUUCACCAGGUGGUGACACCUUAUCGCUGAAUCCGGUCAUGGGCGACCAACAAGUGCUCAUGAUGGAGGAGGCGCAACCGCAGAAUACCUACAUACAGCAACGAGGCGAAGCUAUUGAGAAUAUAGAAAAGACCAUUGCAGAGCUGGGCUCCAUCUUUGGCCAGUUGGCAACCAUGGUUUCGGAACAGGCAGAACAGAUCCAACGGAUAGAUGCCAACACUGAAGAUGUCGUGGACAAUGUCCAAGGUGCGCAGAAAGAGCUGCUGAAAUACUGGUCUAGAGUGUCCAGCAAUCGAUGGCUCAUUGCCAAAAUGUUUGGCGUGCUCAUGAUUUUCUUCUUAUUAUGGGUGCUUAUCGCUGGUUAG